AUGCCUGGCGUCUUCCACUUGCUUCGCCGGCGCCGGCGCCGGCGCCUCCUCCUCCGGCCCAUCCUCCAGACCAUCUCCCUCCGACUCCAUGGCGCCCUGUCAAACCACCCCGACCAGCAUCCACGGCUCCCCGCCAACGGCACGCCCGCCGCCGCCGGCCUCGAGGCGUUCCACGAAAAGCCGCGACGCGCCGCAACCGCCUACGCCGCCACGAUCAGCGCCCACCUCAGGAGCCGAGACCUCCCGCGCGCGGAGGCGCUGUUCCUAGCCGCGCCGGCGUCCGCCCGUGGCCCCCAUCUGGACGCCGUCAUGCUCGACGGGUACCUCAAGGCCGGCCGCGUCGACCGCGCCCGCAGGCUGUUCGACGGGAUGGCGGAGAAGAACGUGGUGGCGGGGACCAGCCUGGUCUCCGCGUACUGCCGAGCCGGGCGCGUAGCUGAGGCACGCAUGCUGUUCGACGCGAUGCCGGAACGCGACGUCGUGUCAUGGACGACCAUGGUGCAGGGGUACGUGCGCGCCGGGAUGCUGAGUGAGGCGAGGGAGGUGUUCGAUGCGACACCGCGGCGGAACGUGGUCACCUGGACGGUCAUGGUCAAGGCCUACGCCGACGGCGGUCACGUCGGAGAGGCGAUGGCGCUGUUCGACAGGAUGCCAGAGAGGAACUCAUACUCCUGGUGCACCACAAUCUCUGGCUUCCUCCGUGCCGGGAGAGUAGACGAGGCGGUCAGCCUCUUUGAGAGGAUGCAUCAUAAGAAUGUGGCUACUUGGACCGCGAUGGUAAGCGGCUUGGCACAGAACAGCCGCGUUUCGAUGGCGAGGGAGUUCUUCGACAAAAUGCCGAAAAACAAGGAUAUCAUAGCGUGGAAUGUGAUGAUCAACGCUUAUGCCAAUGAUGGCCAGAUGAGCGAGGCUCAGAGACUGUUUGAUUCGAUGCCUGCCAAGGACCUGGUGAGCUGGAGCACUGUAAUCAAGGGAUAUGCCAGGAAUGGUCGUAAGGACGACGCGGUGGGUCUAUUUCUUCUCAUGCUCCAGUCAGCGGUAUAUCCCGACAUCACUACGUUGAUAAGUGUCAUUGUUACAUCAGAGAGGACCGUCGAAGUUGGGCAAAUCCAUGGCAUGGCCACAAAAAUGGGUCACCUCUCUGAAACCUCCUUAGGAAAUGCUCUGCUCAUCAUGUACUCAAGGAGCGGCGACCUGCGCUCUGCCUGCCAAGCUUUCAAGAUGUUACAGGAGAAGGAUGCCAUCACAUGGACAUCGAUGAUGCAAGCCUUUGUGAACCACGGCCACGCCUCCUGCGCGCUGCAGGCAUUCGCGCAGAUGCUGCGACAUGGACACGAGCCCAGGUCGAGCACCUUCACCGUCGCACUGACAGCCUGCAGGAACGCCGGUCUCGUCGAGAAAGGCCGGAACAUCUUCAGAUCUAUUUUUGCCUAUGGGCUUGAGCCGACAAUCGAGCACCAUGACAUCCUUGGCCGCAUGGCGCGUGCGAGGGAGGCCACGGAGGUUGUUGCUGCCAUGCCGCCGGAGAUGCGUGACCAAGAAAUGGAGCUAAAAGAAAGGGAAAAGAAGAGUAAGAAGAAACCUGUGGAAGAUAGUCAAUUGGCAAUAGAAGAACCUGUGGAAGAUAGUCAAAUGGCAAUAGAAAAACCUGUGGAAGAUAGUCAAUUGGUAAUAGAAGAAUCUGUAGGUGCAGAAUCUGCUGCUGCUGCUACUGAAUGUACACCAACAAAGGGUGUGUUUGGUUGGGCUGUGGCUUAUCUGAAAGCAGCUGUGGGAAAGUAGCUGUGGAACAGUAUGAAGAAAUCUGUCAAAGAUAGUCGAUUGGCAAUAGACGAACCUGUAGGUUCUGCUGCCGCUGCUACUGAAUGUACACCAACAAAAGAUGCUACCGUAAGUGUGCUAAGAUUGCAAGCCAGCCUAGGGAGGGUAGGGCAUGUGAAUCUUUCCAAGGAAUCUUUCUUAGGAAUCCAAGUGUAUAGUCACAGGCAACUAGCUUUGAGUAUUCAAGAAUAUGCAGCAUCUCAACCAGCUAUUUCUCCAUGGAGAAAUGACAAGUGGCCAAAAACAGUACAUCAAAGAACAAAAAUAAAUGAAAGGCCAUGAUGAUAUUGCUUUUGGGAUGAGCUGUCAUGUGUUUUUGCUACGUAGCCUUUGAACCUAGUGAAAUUAGAAACUAAGUGAACUAUUCUUCUGCCAUGUAACUAGUGAGAUGAGGACUCACUUUAUGCUAUAAAACAUGGAUCUGCACUAUUAUAUCUGUACUGUUGCUACAUGGUGACGUGUGAACUAGAUCUAGAUGAUUAUUGCUGUU